CAGAUAUGAAUAUAAUUUAAGCGUUAGAUUGUAUAGAAAUCAUAUAUAUUUCCUUUCUUUCUUCCAACUAUGUCAGUUCACCUUCUUUGGUAAUAGCUAUUAAGUAGACGGCGACUAAAUCUUACGUCGGUAACUCCAGAGUGUCUGACGCCAGCCGAUUCUAACGGCGUUUCCUAUAUGUGGUUAGGACUAAUUCUAUGUUUAACUUGUUAAUGAGCGGUUUCUCUAGGCCGUCAAUCCUUGAGAUCCCUUGGCUAAUCGGCGAACAUCAUGCCCCACGAUUUACACCCAAAUAAGCCUGUAGUGGCGUUAGUCUCAAAUAUAUAUAUAUAUAUAUAUAUAUAAUGACCUGCUUCUCGAUAGCCAUCCGAAAAUAACGAGACAAUCACUUCUCUCAAUAUGGUUGCAUCCACGAUCCCAACGCUCGCUGAGGUAGAUAGCUUGACGAUCCAGGCAAUAAUCAACGAUGAAAUUGAUCAGAUUUCUCCGUCACCGCACCCUGCCGUCAAACACCCUCAAUCAUUCCUAGGAGCUCCGUUGCGGCCCCUCCCAACGGACGUGCAGCGGGGUGGCGCCAAGCUGCAAAUGCGAAUGGACACCCUCUGCUGUGGCGCUCACGGAUUGUCACUUUUAAUAACAGUGACCAAGGACGGCAAGUCCCAUAGUCUCCUAUUCGACACCGGCCCAGAGGAAGCCGUGUGGGAAAGCAAUGUGACGAGACUAGGCUUAGACCCAAGCACAAUCGAACGAAUCGUACUGUCGCAUUGGCAUCGCGAUCACUCAGGCGGAAUGGCCACUGCAAUCCGGAUGAUCGAAGCAGCCAAGACGGGCUCGGAUCAUACUGAAAAAGUUGUAGUGGAUCUGCACCCUGAUCGUCCCGAAUUCCGAGGCGUCAUGGCCCAUGAGCCAAUCUCACUCGAGCCCGAUCCAAGCUUUGCCGAGAUCGAAGAGGCGGGCGCCACGGUGUUUAAGAGCGACGAGGCCCAUACGGUGCUAGACGACACGUUCUUAAUCUCGGGGUCUAUUCCGAGGCUCACCUCUUAUGAAGGUGGCAUUCCUAACGGCAUCCGCUUCAAUUCGGCAGGCCAAUGGGAGAAAGACGAGCUUAUCAUGGACGAGCGAUUAGUCAUGUGUAACUUGAAGGGCCGAGGGCUAGUCGUCUUCACUGGGUGCAGCCACGCUGGCGUAGUAAAUGUUUCGCGCCAUGCAAUCGAACUUGGAGGUGGCGUUCCUUUGUACACCGUCGUAGGUGGCUACCACUUAGCUGACGGUAGCCCAGAAACGCUACAGAAGUCGCUCGAGGACCUAAAGGCUCUAGAGCCAAAGGUUUUGAUGCCUGGCCAUUGCACGGGUUGGAGAUUCAAAGUUGAAAUCGAAAAGGAGAUGCCGGGAUGCAUGGCCCCUAUUUUUGGCGGCACGAAAUAUGAACUUGUUUGAGAGAGGAGAGCAUAAAUACCUAUGUUGAUGAAACUACUCCGCCACUCUCAUGGCACUGUGUAUGCAGGAACAGUGCUUUUGUAUGAGGACCAGAAUUGGGUAAAUCUGUUUGUGUAUUAUUGCGCCACCAACAUGCUUCUUCCCCAUGAUCGGAGAAACGGGGUUAACAAUCUUCGUUAUUAAGGUACCUAAUAUUUCGAUAUGGUUACCUGCACAAGACAAAAGGAUUGUGAGACUCUUUUAAGGAGGUUUACUAGAAGAUGUACUUUAACGAUUGAGUUGAAUAGACCUGAGUUCUUUUUUCC